AUGAGAUUUAUGCCAAAGAGCUCUUUCAUCAGAUUUUUAGAAGAUUAUGGAAAUAUUUUUGAAAUCUCUGAUGGGUCAGAUGAUGAACAAGAAGAAGGUGAGAUUACAGAUCCAGAAAUAAGAGCAAGGUCAGAUAUUCAGAUAUGCCUUAAGCACUCUAGUUCAUCUCAGGUGUGUAGAGGUAAUUGUAAUAAUUUACAUAUCUGUAAAUUUAAAUUUAUCAGCAAUUGUCCAUCUGGGAAUUGUCGGUAUGGACAUGAUCUUAAAACAGAUCACAACCGCCAAUCUCUUAUGCAUCACUUUAUGCAACUCCUUGAACCUGAUCAGGUCCGGAUACUGUUAAGCGGUUUGGAGCACAGAAGGGGUGUGACAAUCCCUUCUAUUUGCACCUAUUACAAUAAAAUCAAUGGUUGUAAGGAACCUGUAAAUUGUCCACAUCUACAUGUCUGCGCUUUUAUCGCAGGUAAAUGUGCAUUCCAACCCAACUGUAAACGUUCUCACGAUCUAGAAGAUGAACAACCCAAGAAGGUUUUGAGUAAAUUUGGGAUAGAGAUGAACGCACAUAACAAAGAUAAUUUGUUAAAAAUGUUUAAAUUUGGUUCUCUGCAUUCUUCACGGGGUCAAGGUGUCAGCAAAAUAACCCAUCUCUAUAGUCGCAGUGUAUCAACUGUUCCAGAUAAGACUGCCAAAAAAGAAACAAAAGACAAUCAGGAAGGAAGUGUCUCAGAACCUCGCUCUGAAAUCAGUAAACCUCUUCGUUAUUGGAAUAUGGAUUAA